AAUAAUCCAUCAUUCCUUUGUUUGCUGAAUUGUGUUCAUCCUUGAGAAAAUGGGAAGGUUAAUAUGGUUUUCCCAAAUCCUCUGCCUUUCCUUCAUGUUGUUACAGUUUCGAGUCCAAAGCACCUCACCCUCUCAAUCUUCUCCUGAUUCCCCACCACAUUUGCGCCGUCCGGAAGAGCGUUCUGCAUUGCUUGAUUUCAAAAGCACUACAAAUUUAAGUGAAGGCAAUUUUUGUACUCCUCGUCCAAUAAUACAAACUUGGAACGAGAGUAAAGACUGCUGCUUGUGGGAGGGCAUCACAUGCGACAGGAUGAAAGGUCAUGUGAUUGGCCUUGAUCUUAGCAGUAAUUGUCUUGAAGCCAGUCUAACUACAAAUAGUAGUCUCUUCCGCCUUGAGAAAUUGCAGAGUCUCAACCUUUCUGACAAUUAUUUUCAUUAUCCUAACAUCUUAUUUGGGUUUGACAGUUGGAAGAGUUUGACCUAUCUUAAUCUUUCAAGAUUGGAUGGCUCUCUGCUGUUUGAUGAGAUCUUCUUGCCAACGAAAUUGGUUUCGCUGGAUCUCUCUGAUAAUUAUGGUUUUCUUCUUGACAACAUAAAGUUUCAAAUGCUUGUGCAUAACUUAACAGAAUUAAAGUUUCUUAUCCUUGAUUCUAUGAAUAUGUCUCUGGUUGUGCCUUCUUCCUUGCUAAACUUGACUUCCUCCUUGAAAUAUUUGAGCCUUAGCGAUUGCAAUUUUUUUGGUGGUGAAAUUCCUCCAUCAAUCUCCAACCUCACCCAUCUAACUUUUUUGUUACUGUCAUCAAAUAAGUUGUUAGAGCAAAAGCCAAACAGCAUGAAGGAUGAAGAAUGGAGGCUACUCCAUAGGCGAGUGUGUGGAUUUAUCUGGCAAUGGAUUGAUGAUAGUGUGCUGAAUCAUAUAAAUGAUGAAACUGAUGCAUGCACACUAUGGACAAAGUUAGAUCAGCUUUUCCGGGUGAAGACUGGGCAGAAUAAAUUGUGCCAUAUAAAGAAAUUAAUGUAUUCAAGGUACAAAGAUGGCACUCCCACAGCAAACCAUGUUAAUGAUUUCCUUGGCAUCAUCAAGGAAUUAGCCAAUUUGGGCAUAAACUUUGAUGAUGAAGUGAAUGGUCUGAUUCUUCUUAACACCUUGCUGGAAUCAUGGGAGAGUUUUAGAUUAACAACAAUCAACUCAUCUCUUGGUGGUCAAGUCACACUGGAAAUUGCCAAAAACAAGAUCUUUGAAGAGGAAAAAAGGAUGCGGGCACUUGGAGUCUUCUCGCAACCAGAUACUCAAGCUCUUGUCAUGGAGAAUAGAGGCAGGAGUAAAACCAGAGAACCCAGAGGACGAGGAGGCAGAUCCAGAUCAAAGUCCAAAAGUGGAGUGAAAUGCUAUCAUUGUGUCCAGCUAGGUCACAUGAAAAGGAAUUGCUACUUGUUGAAAGGAAAAGACAAGAAAAAGGUUGAAGAUAGCAAUACAACCGCUGUAGCAUCUACCAGUGGCGGUGACGUGACUCUAUUAUGUGAUCGUGGGGAGUGCUGCCAUGUAGAAAACUCAGAUGCCGAGUGGAUAAUUGAUUCUGGUGCCUCUUAUCAUUGUGUUCCCAAAAGGGAAUAUUUUUCAACAUACAAAGCAGGAGACUUUGGCACCAUAAAAAUGGGAAACAAGAGUGUUUCUCAUAUUAUGGGAGUUGGUGAUAUCUGUGUCCAGACAAAUGUUGGGUGCACAUUGACACUAAAAAAUGUGCGACAUGUUCCUGAUAUGCGUCAACUGAACACAAUUGAAGAUGAGGCUUCUCCAAAUUUAUGGCAUAAUAGAUUAGCUCACAUAAGUGAGAAAGGAUUGCAACUUUUGGCUAAGCAGUCCCUUAUUCCCAUGGCCAAAGGUGAAUAUGUGAAUCCUUGUGAUGUUUGUCUAUUUGGAAAGCAACACCGAGUUUCUUUUCAGAAGAAUUUGACUCAGAAGAAGAACAAGCUAGACUUGGUCUACUCUGACGUUUGUGGUCCCUUUGAGCAUUACCAUGCUAUGGUGGAAAGGGAGACAGGGUUGAAGUUGAAAUGUCUCCAUACAGAUAAUGGAAGGGAGUACACCUCCAAAGAAUUCAGAGACUACUGUUCCAAGCAUGGCAUAAGGCAUGAAAAGACAAUUCCUGGCACACCACAACACAACGGUGUUGCAGAACGGAUGAACCGUACCAUUGUGGAGAAAGUUCGAUGCAUGCUAAGAAUGGCAACUCUACCUAAGCCAUUCUGGGGUGAAGCAGUCAACACAACAGUGUAUCUGAUCAACCGGUCGCCUUCAGUUCCUUUGAACUUUGAAAUCCUGGAGAAAGCUUGGACGGGAAAGGAUGUUGGAUACUCUCACUUGAGAGUGUUUGGGUGCAAAGCAUUUAUGCACGUGCUAAAGGAACAGAGAUCCAAGCUGGAUGAUAAAGCCAUUCCAUGCAUUUUUGUUGGAUAUGGUGAUGAGGAGUUUGGCUAUAGACUAUGGGAUCCAGAAAAGAAGAAAACUGUCAGAAGUAGAGAUGUCGUGUUCCAUGAACACGAGAAAAUUAAUGAUUUGAAGGAGGACAAAGCUACAAGAAGUUCUGGAGAGGGUGUGGAAGAUUUAACACCGACAAAAACUCCUUCAAGAAAAAUUACAAAUGAAGAAGAGGUGCAAGCACCAGAAGAUGAGACAGAGGAGCCAACAAUUGAAGAAGAAGAAGCAAGUGUAGAUAGGGGAAAUGAUGAGCAAGGGGAGCAACCCUUGCCACAAGAGGAAGAACCUCAGUUGAGAAGGUCCACCAGAGAGCACAAACCAUCUGCAAGAUACUCCAGUUCUGAUUAUAUCUUGAUCACUGAAGAGGGGGAGCCGGAGAACUUCCAAGAGCUUGUGGAACUUCCCAAAGGAAGAAAAACCCUGAAGAACAAAUGGGUGUUCAAGCUCAAGAAAGAUGGUGACAAGAUAGUUAGAUAUAAGGCUCGGCUGGUGGUAAAGAGCUUCAGUCAGAAAAAGGGGAUUGAUUUUGAUGAAAUAUUUUCCCCAAUGGUGAAGAUGAGCUCAAUUCGAGUUGUGCUUGGUCUAGCAGCAAGCAUGAAUCUUGAGCUUGAGCAGUUAGAUGUAAAAACUGCAUUUCUUCAUGGUGACUUGCAUGAGGAAAUUUAUAUGGAUCAGCCAGAAGGUUUUGAAGAACAAGGGAAGGAGCAUAUGGUUUGCAAAUUGAAGAAGAGUUUGUAUGGACUAAAGCAAGCUCCAAGACAAUGGUUAAAAGAGGAGUUAUCAAAGUCCUUUGACAUGAAGGACUUGGGACCAGCAAAGCAAAUUUUGGUUAGCACUCCUCUUGCAAAUCACUUCAAGCUAAGUAAACAAUCUUGUCCAACUACCAAAGAAGAAAAGGAGAAAAUGUCACUUAUUCCUUAUUCUUCUGCAGUCAGUUCACUGAUGUAUGCAAUGGUAUGUACACGGCCAGACAUUGCCCAUGCUGUUGGUGUUGUGAGUAGAUUCUUGUCCGAUCCAGGCAAGAUUCACUGGGAAGCUGUUAAGUGGAUCUUCAGAUAUCUGAGAGGAACUACCAAGUUGUGUUUGACAUUUGGGCAAACUGAACCAAUUCUAAAGGGAUACACAGAUGCAGACAUGGCAGGUGACCUUGAUAAUAGAAAAUCUAUUUCAGGGUAUUUAUUCACUUUUGCAGGGGGAGCUGUAUCAUGGCAAUCAAAAUUGCAGAAGUGUGUUGCCUUGUCAACAACCGAAGCUGAAUACAUUGCAGCUACAGAAGCUGAUUUAUUUGGUUUUGGAUAUCUUGAAACUGUUGACCUGAGAUCCAACUUACUACAAAGAUCACUUCCCAUUCUAUCAACAACUUGGGAUUUUAUGCGUGGACUCGUUUCAGGGAAUAAUUUGACUGGUCAAAUCCCUUCUUCUUAUUGCAAUUUGACUUCUCUCAGAGUUCUAGUCUUAGCUAAUAAUAGUUUGGGAGGGAAAAUUCCAGAAUGCCUUGGAAACUUGAGUGAUCUCUCCAUCUUGGAUCUGGGGAUGAAUAAGUUUCAUGGUAGAAUCCCAAAUUCAUUUGUAAACAACAGUUUCUUCAGAACUCUCAAGCUAAAUGGCAACCAGUUGGAAGGGAGACUGCCAUCAUCUUUGGUUAAUUGCAGCCAGUUGGAACUUCUAGAUGUGGGGAACAACCGCUUGAAUGACAGCUUUCCACAAUGGUUAGGUGUUCUUCCAAGGCUACGAUUUCUCAUCCUUCGAUCUAAUCUAUUUCAUGGUGCCAUUAGCAAUUCUAUGCCUGCAUUUUACUUCUCUCAGUUGAGAAUCAUUGAUGUCUUGCAGAAUGAUUUCACAGGUCUCCUACCAAGUAACUAUUUCAAAAAUUUGACAACUAUGAGAGAUGUAAAUGGAGCUGAUGAAGCCAUGUGGGAAUACAUUGUUGAUACUAAUAUUUAUUAUAUGGAUUCUGUGACAAUAAUAUGGAAAGGCUUAGAGAUUCCUGAAGAACUGGGAGAACUUAAUUCACUUGUAUCGCUAAACUUGUCUCACAACAGACUCACUGGUCGAAUUCCAUCAUCCUUGGGGAAAAUGGCAAAACUUGAAUCACUGGAUCUCUCAUCAAACAAGCUUGAUGGUUGGAUUCCUGGGCAGUUGACAGGUUUGAUAUUCCUUUCUUAUUUGAACCUUUCGCACAACAAACUUAAAGGUCACAUUCCUCAAGGGAAGCAAUUCGAUACUUUCUCAGAUGAUUCCUACAUGGGGAACUCUGGGUUGUGUGGAUUACCAUUAGACCUGGCAAAAAUCCACCCGACCCGUCAACCCGACCCUAACCCGACCCUUAAAAAACGGGAAGAACCAGGAGCACCUCCAUCAAAAUUUGAUGAAGAAGAUGACUUUGCAACACUCUUCGAGUGGAAGUUUGCAUUGGCGGGCCAUGGGUGUGGACUAGUAUUGGGACUUAGUCUGGGAUACAUUAUGUUCACAACAGGAAAACCAUGGUGGGUGGUGAAGAAGGUGGAGAAAUAUCAACAGAAAUUUUUUGGAACAAGCAUCUGCAGGCAUAAGAAGAGAAAAACCCAAAAAUCCAACCAACACUCUUAGGUGAGUUUCUACAGCCUCUUUUUAUUUGUGUUCCUUCUCAUCAUAACAAUGGAUAGAAUAGUCGUAAUGCUUUUUGUAAUUUUGCUUUCUUUUCCACAGUAGAAGCUGCAGGCAGUUGGCUUUCUUUCUUCCUCCAAGAAGAUCUGACAAAAAUAAUGUGUGCAUGAGUUUAAUUAGUUGGCAGCAUAAGCUGCAGCCGGUUGCCCGUUCUUUCUGAGAUGGUUAUGUCUUUUCAUGUGAAUGAAUAUUAUUUCAUGUU